AUGCUCGAGCGGUUCGACAGCAUUGAAGUUACCUUCAUUAACAGCGAAUGCCCAGAUCAUCUAAAGACUAGGAGUGCAACUGGAAUGUUCCAAGGCAGAGCGUUAGAGUGGUGGUCGAAUGAGAGAAACAUCCGUUCUAAUGAAGAAGCCUACGCUCUUCCAUGGAAUGAGGUGCGCGAACUCAUGAUGCUCGAGUUCUGCCCUCCCCAUGAGCAAUUAAAGCUGGAAGAAGAGUUUUGGCAUUUGAAGCAGGUUGGUGAUGAUAACCUGGCUUAUACUACCCGGUUUAAGCAGCUUAGUCUGAUCGUUCCCCACCUGGUCUCGACUCCGAAGCGGACGAUAACCAAGUACAUCAAUGGUCUACCGCCUGCUAUGCAUGAUUCCAUCGAAGCAGCUCAUCUAGAAACUAUUGAGGAAGUCUACCGUCUCGCAGCUAGUCUCAACAACAAUCGUGUGCGUGAUAAACAGUUUGGUACCCCGGCUCCUUCGAAGCCUGCAACUCAAGUCACUCAGCAGCCAAGUGGCAGCAAGAGCAAGAAACGAAAAUCUCAGGGUUCGGGGUGCAAUGCUAUUACCCCUGCUGCUAAACCUGCUUCUACCCCUGCUGCUGCCAACCCUGCUGCCCCUGAAGCGAAGAAGCAACACGCUGUGUCUUACCCCAAGUGUGCGACAUGCAACUUUCAUCAUCCUACUACCGCUAAAUGCCGAUUGGGCACCAACUGUAACAGCUAUGGUCACACGGCUCCCUAUUGUCGUCAAGCUAAUCCUGCUCCUCAAGCUCAGCAAGCUCCUGCUCCACCAGCUCAAGCAGCUCUUCCAGCUCCUCCUCUGCAGAACCCAGGGCCGGUCAAUUCCGUUCGAGCAUGUUUUCAGUGUGGAGAUACUACUCAUCUCUGUAACCGUUGUCCCCAGCUGAACCAAGAGCAACAAAUAGCAGCUUGUGGACGAGCGUUCAAUCUCAAUGCUAAUCAGGCUCGCAACAACAAUGACGUGGUGAAUGGUAUGUUUCUCUUUAAUAAUCUCUAUGCUUCGAUUCUGUUUGAUACUGGUGCCAAUAAGAGUUUUGUGUCCGUAGAAUUCUGUUUGAUACCGGUGCCAAUACUGGUACCUGAGUCGUUCUCUGUUGAGGUCGCCAAUGGUAAGUCGAUUCUUGUUAAUUCUAUUGUGAGUGAAUGCUCCCUAAUUCUUAACGAUCACGUAUUCUCUAUUGAUCUCAUACCUAUGCGUUUGGGUACUUUUGAUGUUAUCAUCAGCAUGGAUUGGUUGCAUAAGAACCAUGCCAAAAUUGUGUGUCGUGAGAAGCUUGUCCGUCUUCCUCUUCCGUCUGGUGAUAUUUUACAUGUCUAUGGAGACCAACCUUCAAAAGGACUAAGGCUGAUGUCAUGCACACAAGCGAGCAGAAGUUUACGCAAACAGAACCCUGCCUUCUUGGCCCACGUGGUGGAACAAAAGGGCAAGGGGAAAAACAUAUACGGUGUUCCAGUUGUGUGUGACUUUCCUGAUGUCUUUCCUGAGAAUCUACCCGGUCUUCCUCCUCCCAGAUCCGUUGAUUUUCGUAUUGAUCUUGUACCUGGUGCGACUCCUGUCGCAAGGGCUCCCUACCGUCUUGCGCCUUCUGAGAUGCAAGAAUUAUCCAGCCAGUUGCAGGAAUUUCUCGAUAAGGGUUUUAUUCGUCCAAGUACCUCUCUGUGGGGUGCUCCCGUGUUAUUUGUCAAGAAGAAGGAUGUCUUCAUUGACGAUAUCCUUAUUUAUUCUAAGUCUAAAGCCGAUCAUGCUCUCCAUUUACGUCUUAUGCUCGAACUUCUACGUGGUGAACGUCUGUUAUUACCGCCGGUUCAUCGCAGAUUUUUCUAA